AUGGGUAUUAGUAGUGAUUCAUCACCUCCAACAUUUGUUAUAAUAGCGAGUGUUUUCUUAUUAUUAAGUUUUAUUACAUUCUUACCUGAUGAACAUUGUUCAAUAUCUCCGUAUCUUUGUGACGAUAACAAUAAUAAUAAUAAUAAUAAUAAUAAUAAUAAUAAUAAUAAUAAUAAUAAUAAUAAUAAUAAAAAUAAAAAAAGAAUAAAUAAUAAUAAUUGUAAUGGUAAUAAACAACAAGAUAUAUAUAAAAAACAAAUUGAAGCUUAUACUGAAAAUGAAAAUGAAAAUGAAAAUGAAAAUGAAAAUGAAAAUGAAACUGAAACUGAAACUGAAACUCAAAAUGAAACACCAACACCAUCAAAAACCCUUCAAAAUACUAAUGAACAAUCAUUUUUACAAAAGAUUAAAAAUAUAUUCACCUUUUUAAAUAAAAAUAAUAAAUCUCUUUCUACUUUUCAAGUUUAUGAUAAUAAUAAUAAUAAUAAUAAUGAUACUAACAGUAAUAAUAAAACAACAAAAACAACAACCAAAAAAUCAGAGGAAAUUUUUGAAUGUGAUACACCUUUAACAAAUUGUUCUUCUUUUUUUGAUAAUAGUAAUAAUAUUUUUGACCAACAACAACAACAACAUCAACUACUACAACAACAACAGCAACAACAACAACAACAAUAUAUAGAAUUAAUAGAUUUAAUGAACUCUGAGAGGAAUGGUAGAUUAUUAGCAGAGAAGAGAUUAGAAGAAAAAGAUUUAAAAUUAGAGUUAUUAAGAAAUGAAAUGGUACAAAAAGAAGAAUUUCAAAAGAAAUUACUCUUAUUAUGUACACUUGAAAUAAAUAAAAAAAAAAAAUACCAAAAUCAUUUAAAUGAAAUAUCUGAUCAAGUCUCCACAUUAUUGGAAACUAUUUCAAAGCAGUCGGUUUUAUCAGUUUAUGAAAAUAAUAAUAAUAAUACUAAUAAUAAUAAUAAUAAUAAUAACAAUAAUAAUGAUAAUAAAGAAGAGGAAAAUAAAGAUGAUGAUAAUGGUAAUAAUAAUAUUGAUAAAAUUUUUGAAAAUAAUCCUAAUAAUAAUAAUAUCGUAAUCUCUUUAGAUAGUGAAUUGGUAGAACAGUUUGAAACAAUAUCAAAAAUAUUGAAAUCAAUUCAAGAGAACGACAGCGAUGAUAAUAAAAAUAAUAAUAAUAAAAAUAAUAAUAAUAAAAAUAAUAAUAAUAAUAAUAAUAAUAAUAAUAAUAAUAAUAAUAAUAAUAAUAAUAAUAAUAAUAAUAAUAAUAAUAAUAAUAAUAAUAAUAAUAGUAAUAAUAGUAAUUCUUCUGUUAGUAGCAUUACAAACUCAACUACCAAUGGCCAAACAACCACAACAUCAACAAAAACAACAAAUUCAUUCAUUAGUAAAGGUGAUAGUUAUUCAAAUUCAGAGGAAUCUUUAUAUUUGGGUUUAGUUAAAAUUUCAAAGAAUGGUUUACCUUUUAGCUUUUCUGAUAUUAUCUCUUAA